AGUAAGACAGACUUUAAUUUCUGUGUUCUUUUUUUUGUGUGUGUGCAAGAACACUGGAACUAUUUUGGGGCAGAUGAGAACCUGGGUCCAGUAGCUGUGAGUAUAAGAAGAGAGAAGCCAGAGGAAAUCAAAGAAAAUGGACCUCAAUACAACUACCGGAUCAUAUUCAGAACCAGUGAGCUUAUGACAUUAAGAGGCUCUGUGCUGGAAGAUGCUAUCCCUUCAACUGCAAAGCAUUGCACAGCCAGGGGACUUCCCCUAAAAGAAGUGCUGGAGUAUGUGGUUCCUGAGCUGAAUAUCCAUUGCCUAAGGCUGGCCUUCAACACGCCAAAAGUCACAGAACAGCUUAUGAAGCUGGAUGAACAAGGGUUAAGUUACCAACUGAAGGUGGGUAUCAUGUACUGCAAAGCUGGGCAAAGCACAGAAGAGGAAAUGUAUAAUAAUGAAUCAGCAGGUCCAGCAUUUGAAGAGUUUCUGCAGCUCUUGGGAGAACGAGUUCGACUCAAGGGAUUUGAAAAAUAUCGUGCUCAGCUGGAUACAAAGACUGAUUCAACGGGUACUCACUCUCUAUACACAACAUACAAGGACUAUGAAAUUAUGUUCCAUGUUUCUACUAUGUUGCCAUAUACUCCCAACAACAAGCAACAGCUUCUGAGAAAACGACAUAUUGGAAAUGAUAUUGUGACAAUAGUUUUCCAGGAGCCUGGAGCACAACCAUUCAGCCCAAAGAACAUUCGAUCACACUUCCAGCACGUCUUUGUCAUUGUAAGAGUGCAUGGUCCCUGUACUGACAGCGUUUGUUACAGUGUUGCUGUGACAAGAUCCAGAGAUGUACCAUCCUUUGGACCGCCUAUUCCGAAAGGUGUCACAUUUCCUAAAUCAAAUGUGUUCAGGGACUUCUUAUUAGCCAAAGUCAUUAAUGCAGAGAAUGCUGCUCAUAAAUCAGAAAAGUUUCGUGCGAUGGCCACCAGGACACGUCAAGAGUACUUGAAAGACUUGGCAGAGAAGAAUGUCACCAACACACCUAUUGACCCUUCUGGCAAGUUCCCCUUCAUCUCGCUUGCUUCAAAAAAGAAAGAAAAGUCCAAGCCUUAUCCAGGAGCAGAGAUCUAUAGUUCUGGUGCUAUUGUAUGGAGUGUUCAUGCAAAAGACUACAGCAAGGGUAUGGAAAUAGACUGUCUCCUAGGCAUCUCCAAUGAGUUCGUAGUCCUCAUUGAACAGGACACAAAAAGUGUGGUGUUCAAUUGCUCCUGUCGAGAUGUGAUAGGGUGGACUUCAACGGACACAAAUAUCAAAAUAUUCUAUGAGAGGGGUGAAUGUGUUUCUUUGGAGAGCUUCAUCAGCAACAUUGAUGACAUCAAAGAGAUCGUCAAAAGGCUGGAGCUUGUGACUAAGGGCUGUGAAACAGUGGAGAUGACUCUGCGUAGGAAUGGUCUGGGUCAGCUUGGUUUCCACGUAAACUAUGAAGGCAUUGUAGCAGAUGUUGAGCCAUAUGGCUACGCGUGGCAGGCAGGACUGCGACAAGGCAGCCGGCUGGUGGAAAUCUGCAAGGUGGCUGUAGCCACUCUGAGCCAUGAGCAAAUGAUCGAUCUUCUCAGAACAUCAGUAACAGUGAAGGUCGUCAUCGUCCCUCCAUAUGAGGACUGCACACCACGCAGGAGUUCUUCAGAAAACUACCGUAUGCCAGUGAUGGAAUACAAAGUGAAUGAAGGAAUGUCAUAUGAAUUCAAAUUUCCCUUCAGAAAUAAUAACAAAUGGCAGCGAAAUGCAAGCAAAGGACAGGGACCUCAUGUGGCUCAGGUACCAGCCCAAAUACAAAGUCCAGUAACAUCUAGAAUUGGCUCUGGGAAAGGAGAAGGGAAAAUGCCACCCCCAGAACGAGCCGCCAACAUCCCCCGAAGCAUCUCUAGUGAUGGGCGCCCGUUGGAGAGCCGGAGGUUGUCUCCUGGUUCUGAUGUCUAUGUCACAGUUUCAAGCAUUGCCUUAGCAAGAUCGCAACAGUGCCGUAAUUCUCCAAGCAACUUAUCAUCCUCAAGUGAGACUGGCUCUGGUGGGGGCACAUACAGACAAAAAUCUAUGCCAGAAGGGUUUGGAAUUAGCCGUAGAUCCCCUGCUUCCAUUGACAGGCAGAACACGCAAUCAGAUACGGGUGGUAGCGGCAAAUCCACACCCAGCUGGCAAAGAAGUGAGGAUAGUAUCGCUGACCAGAUGGAACCAACCUGCCAUCUUCCAGCAGUAUCAAAAGUACUGCCGUCCUUCAGAGAAAGCCCCAGUGGAAGACUGAUGAGACAGGAUCCUGUGGUUCACUUGUCUCCAAAUAAGCAGGGUCAUUCUGACAGCCACUACUCCAGCCAUUCCAGCAGCAAUACUCUCUCCAGCAAUGCCUCCAGUGCUCACAGUGAUGAGAAAUGGUAUGACAGUGGAGAGCGCACCGAAUCGGAGCUGAACAGCUACAACUACCUUCAAGGGACUUCAGCUGAUAGUGGCAUAGAUACCACUUCCUACGGACCUAGCCAUGGCAGCACUGCCUCCCUGGGGGCAGCAACAUCGCCCCGUACAGGGCUAACAAAGGAGAAAGUGGCACCGCUGUGGCAUAGCUCCAGCGAAGUGGUCUCCAUUGCAGACAGGACAUUAGAAAAAGAGACCCACAUGGACCGAAAGACCGAGUCUUCACUGAGCCUGGAUAUUCACAGCAAAAGUCAACCAUCCUCCAAUCCUCUAACAAGGGAGAACAGUGCUUAUAGUCUUAGUGAUGCUGUCUCGCAUACAAGUACCAUGAGCUCACGACACUCUGCCAGCCCGGUUGUUUUCACCAGUGCCAGAAGCUCACCUAAAGAAGAGCUUCAUUCUGCUACUUCUCCCCAACUUGCACCUUCUUUCUCCUCCUCCUCUUCCUCCUCAUCUGGUCCUAGGACUUUCUACCCUCGCCAGGGUGCUACUAGCAAGUAUCUGAUUGGAUGGAAAAAGCCAGAAGGGACAAUAAACUCAGUGGGGUUUAUGGAUUCAAGAAAACGUCACCAGAGUGAUGGCAAUGAAAUGGCCCACCCUCGGCUGCGUGCUUCAGCAAGGGAUCUACGAGCAUCACCAAAACGAGUAUCCAAGUCCACCGUUGAAGAAGAGCUGAAGAAAUUGAUAGAUCUUGAUAGCCCAACACCUGAAUCCCAGAAGAAUUUUAAGUCACACACUCUGUCCUGUCAGUCUCCCUUUCCCAGCACUCCUACCACAAGGCGUGCCUUGCAAAGGACUUUGUCAGAUGAGAGUAUUUACAGUGGUCAAAGGGACCACUUCUUCACCUCACGGGCCUCGCUCUUGGACCAAGCCAUGCCAAAUGAUGUCCUGUUCACCAGCACGUACCCUUCUCUCCCAAAGUCGCUGCCAUUACGGAGACCAUCAUAUACUUUGGGAAUGAAAUCACUACAUGGAGAGUUUUCUGCCUCAGACAGCUCCCUCACCGAUAUCCAGGAACAAAGACGGCAGCCCAUGCCAGACCCUGGUCUUAUGCCAUUGCCUGAUUCUGCCUCUGAUCUGGACUGGUCAAACUUGGUAGAUGCUGCCAAAGCCUUUGAAGUUCAGCGAGCUUCAUUUUUUGCUGCUGCUGAUGAAAAUCACAGACCUGUGAGCGCUGCCUCCAGUAGUGAUCAGGCUGAGGACCAGCUUACUGCACAGAUAAAGCCUUAUACAGGUAAAGAAUCUCCUCCAACUCUCGCCUCUAAAGUGGACCAACUGGAAGGUUUGCUGAAGAUGCUGCAAGAGGAUUUAAGGAAGGAAAAAGAGGACAAGGCCAGUCUUCAGGCUGAAGUGCAACAUUUGCGGGAAGACAACUUGAGGUUACAGGAGGAAUCCCAGAAUGCAACCGAGAAACUGAAGAAAUUCACCGAAUGGGUUUUCAACACCAUUGAUAUGAACUGAGAACAGUGUUUGGAGAAGGAAACUAUCUGUUAUGAAUAUUAUUACUGGGACUUAAGCUUUAAUGCCACCUUAAUCAUGACAUGUGAAAGUAUAGUCAGAGCACUUCCCUGUCCUUCAUCCUCCAAUAACCCUUUUUUGCAUCUCUGCGCGCACUCAGAACAAUUGCAGAUCAACAAUCAAUGUCUGCCUUUUGUAGAAAAAACAAAGUAAAUAAUUUUAAAAAGGUAAAAUAAAAGUUUAACUGCUAAAA